UGAAGCUGCCCUGCCCUGUGGUUUCGCGAGAGAUGCUGUCACUUACAGCGUAGAGUCUGCGUGUGUCACUGCGCUCAGAGUUUCUAUUCUCAGCAUCUGGACUCUGUCACCACCAUCUUCCUCAAAGGAAACGCACAAAAUGUGGCUGAGGUUUCACUACAGAAGUUUGCCAGUGGGUUUGAUGUUUAAUAUCUUUGUUUUAAUUCUUCAUCCUGUUUCCACACAAAAAAACAGAAAUCAGAAUUAUUUCUUGGAUAAGAGAGACAGGAUUCUGUUGAAAGGACCAGACAAUCCUGGGAAUGGCACUGUUACCUGGGAGUGGAAGCCACAUUCUGGGCAGCACACCCACCAGUUGGGGACUUUCACCAGAGACAAUUCAGGAAAGUGGACUGGACAUUGGAAUAACUACAGGAUAAGCAGUGACUUGUACCAGAAACUGAGACUGGGUUCUGGUGAUGUUACUCUGAUAAUUCAAAGACCGAACAUUAAAUUUGCGGGGUUGUUCACUUUAACCCAAAUACAACCGACAAAGCAAAUCCUGACACAAUAUGAAAUAUUUGGAAUCAAAGUUGAGACGAGUCCACAGCGGCCUCUGUUGGGCAGUGACGUCACCCUCAGCUGUACCAUCUCCAGACUCCCAGAUGUCGCCAGUCUCCACUGGAAACCAGUGGGCUCAUCCCAACAGAACAGGAGAAACACUGAUCAGAUCCGCCUGAAUAACACCGUCUAUCUGAUGGUCCGACACAUUACAGUGGAGGAUGGGAAGUUGUAUCAGUGUGAAGUGCGGGAAAACAGUAACAUUGUUUUCACAAGCAAAGCAGAUUUUACUGUAGGCACAGAUUUAUAUCGGAAGCGUUACACCCUUUAUCGUCCCAGCACAGAGUACAGUGAACUCCACCUGGUUUGCUAUUAUCCUUCUGCUUACACUCAUGGUCAGUGGACCUGGAAGUCACGUCAACCACAGGACCAACAGAAACAAAUAGCAUCUGCAACAAUCCAUCAGCCCAUCAAUGUCAGUAGCACCGACUUUGAGAAUCAACUGAUGACCUUGGUGGAAAAAUUCAAUGACAAGAAUAUCAGUGUGAGGGCUGUCCCGGUUUUGUUUGGAGAUGCCGGAGUUUACAGUUGUUCUCUGGGAUCAAAUACAUUUCUGACCAUUGAGUUAAUCACAGUGAAAGUCACAGCUGAACCGUCUGAUACAGUGACUGAGAGAGACACCAUUACCCUGAGCUGCUCUGUGUCUGAUGUCACUGCAUCAACCAGACUGGUUUGGAUCAACGGAGAUGGUGAAACUGUUGGAGACAAAACACUGACUGGGGAAGAGAAAUCACUGAGUCUGAACAUACAGAAAGCUGAGAGAGGCAGAGGGAAAUGCACGUGUGGUGUGUUUGAUCAAGACAGGCUCCGGAUUAUCGUCCCGUAUUAUCAGGAGCUCAGUGGAAGCGGGAAUUCUAUUUACUUUCUCCAUCAGGAAGGGAACUUUGUAUUGAAGGGGCCAGACAAUCCUGGAAGUGACUCCAUUGAUUUGGAAUGGAGAUCACACACAGGGCAACAAACCACAAAGCGAUUGGCCACUUUUCACAGAGAAGAUCAACGGUGGGCCGUACAAUGGAGUGAUGAGUUCAGUAAAAUACCAGACAUUUCCCAGAGGUUACAUGUGGACUGGAGUACCCUUAAUCUGAGAAUCAGGGAGCCUACAUUUGAACUUGCAGGACUGUUCACCUGGAAUCAGACACAGUCCAGUGGGAAAAUCCCGAGACAGUGGGAAAUAUUUGGAAUCAAAGUUGAGGCCGACUCACAGAGACCUGUAAUGGGCAGUGACGUCACCCUCAGCUGUACCAUCUCCAGACUCCCAGAUACCGUCAGUCUCCACUGGAAACCAAGAGGCUCAUCCCAGAGGAACAACAACACUGAUCAGAUCCACCUGAAUAACACCGUCUAUCUGAUGGUCCGACAUGUUGGAACAGGAGAUCCCAGUCUGUACACAUGGGAAGUGCAGGAAAAAGGCUCCAUUGUUCUCACUGGAGACACCAAUGUUGGAGUGGAUGACACUCUGGAAAGUGCGUCAGCAGUGUACAUGAAUUUUCCAGAUUUACACAAUAAGAUGUACAGAGUUUAUCGAGCAGACGUAGAUCACAGUGAACUCAAGCUGAUUUGUGAAACUUAUUCUGAGUUACAUGAAACCAAAUGGACUUGGAAGUCACAUUUCCAGAAUCAGGUGAUGGAAAUAGCUACUGCCUACAGAUCUCAGCCUAUCAAUGUCAGUGGGAGGAGCUACUUUGAGAACCGACUGAGAACUACAGAGGAAAAUCUGAAUGUCAAUAAUUUCAACAUGAAGAUUGUUCCUGUGCAGUUUGAAGAUGCCGGAGUUUACACAUGUUCUCUGAAAUCACAUCAAUAUGUGGCCAUUGAUUUAAUCACAGUUAAAGCUGAACCACCCGAUGCAGUGACAGAGGGAGAUAACGUCACCCUGACCUGCUCUGUGUCUGAGGUCAGUGAAUCAAUGAGACUGGUUUGGAUCAACAGGGAUGGUGAAACUGUGGAUGAGAAGAUAUUCAUGGAAUGGAAGAAUGAAGGUGACUCUUUGCAGCUGAUUAUUUCAACAGACGAUAAAAUCGAAAGAAAAUGGACGUGUGUUUUGUUUCAUCAAAACAGACCCACGGUUUUUAUUUCAUAUUAUCUUCAGGUGAACGAUGAUUUUGCUUCAGAACACAUCAUUCUUGUUAUUACCAGGAGUCUGGUACUUCUCAUUUUCAUGAUUCUGACGGUGGUGUUCUGUCAACGAAUGUAUAAGAUUUCAGGUUUGAGAAAACCAAGACUGACACCUCCAAAUUCAAAUGGAAACAGAGAAAAUGAAUCUUACUGUCUGUCAAAUCUUCAAGAAAUCCAGCAGAUGUAAGACCCCGGCUCUUUCAUAGGAAAAUAAUUUAUUUGUCAUCUAUGCACAAACUCUACAAACAAAAUUAUGAAAGAUCCACAGAGAAUGGCAAGGAAGAGGUGACAUUCCAGAAGUGAACAUUUUUGUGAAUUGUAUUUUUAACAUGAGAACCACUGUGGAGUUUUCGUCUGUUGUCCAUACUCGGCUAUAACAUAAUCAUUGCACCAAGUUUAUAAAGCAGGGUGAUCGCAGUUCCUGUUUCAGCAUCUUUACUUAUCUUCUGCUGACACUCUGUGACAGGAAAAUGGAGACAUUUUGCAAAAGGAAUUGAACAUUGUAGGUAAUGUUGCUGCUUUUUCAGCUGGUAUCUGAUAUUUAUAACAAUGAACAAUAGAUUUCAUUCAGAAAUGGAAACUCCAGUCCAGGUCACUUGUGAUAUCAAGGUGAUUUUUGGGACUGACUGUUUAUUGCCGGUAGCUUUCACACCUGCAGUCUGGAACCUUUGUUGAGAUUGCUUAAGCGGAAUUUAGGAUAGGAUUGGGUUGAGCUGCAAGGAGGCUGAUAGGGAAAUAAUCAUGACCAAUGGGCCAAAAUUAGAAACUAGACUGACAAGAAUCUGGCAAGUGUGGAUGAGUAGAGGCUGUUUACUGGCAAAGGUGUGCUUGGAAAGUAGGAAGCCUUCAAACAUUUAAUUUUGUGAGUACUUAGCUUGUAUGUGCCUGUCAGAGCAAAAGGUAAAGGUAACCUUGGAGGGAACCUUGGUUUUUCAAGUGAUAUUGAGGCCUUUGUUAAGAGAAAAAAGGGAGUGCAUUACAGGAGUAUGCAAUUCAGACAAAUGAGGUGCUUUUGGAGGAUAAGCAAUGCAAGAGAAAUAAAGGAAGGCAUGGAGUUGCUCUUGCAGACAAGGUGAAGGAGAAUCCUAAGGGAUUCUACAGAUAUGCUGAGAGCAAAAGGAUUACAAGGGACAAAAUUGGUCCUCUUGAAGACCAGAAUGGUAAUCCAUGUGUGGAGCCAAAACAGAUGGGGGAGAUUUUAAGACCAUAAGAUAGAGGAGCAGAAGUGUGCCAUUCGGCCCAUCGAGUCUGCUCCGCCAUUUAAUCAUGGUCUGAUCCAAUUCUUCCAAUCAUCCCCACUCCCCUGUCUUCUCCUCAUAUAUGUUUCUGAAAAAAAAGCAGAGGAAGAUGUAGGUAAGGUAAUACAGAGUUUUGGGUACAACAAGGGGUUCUGAGGCCUGUAGCCUCCACUAAUAAAUCACCCUUAUAGCUAGUGAGGAAACCAGUUGGAGUAGCAGCAGAUCCAUCGACGACGAUGGACGAACACAAAAAAAAAAAAAAUAAGUUCUUGAUUAUCCAGGUCAUGAAAGGGUAUGGGGAGAAGGCAGGGGAGUGGGGAUGACUGGAAGAAUUGGAUCGGCCAUGACUGAAUGGUGGAGCAGAAUCGAUGAGCCAAAUUGCCAACUUCUGCACCUAUAUCUUAUGGACUUGGGAGUCCUUGGGCAGAACACCCCAAAGGUUAACUUACAGGUGGAGUCAGUGGUGAAGGAAAAUGCAACGUUAGCAUUCAUAUCGAGAAUUCCAGAGCAGGGAUGUGACACUGAGGCUUUAUAAUGCACUGGUGAGGUCUCACCUUGAGUAUUGUGAACAGUCUGAACUCCUCAUUUAAGAAAAGAUGUGUUGGCAUUGGAGAGGGUUCAGAGGAGGUUCACAAGGAUGAUUCCAAGAACCAAAGGGUUACCAUACAAGGAACAUUUGAUAGCUCUGGGACUGUAUUGGGAAAGGAUGCUUCCAUGAUGGGAGAGCGUAGGACAAGAUGGCACAGCCUUAGGAUAGAGGGGCUUUCAUUUAAAACAGAGAUACAGAGAAAUUUCUUUUGCCAGAGGGUGGUGAACUUGUGGAAUUUAUUACCAGAGGCAGCUGUGGAGGCCAGAUCAUUGGGCAUAUUUAAGGCAGACCUGAUAGGUUCUUGAUUGGAUGUGGCAUCAAAGUUUAUGGGGAGAAGACCGGGGAAUGGGACUGAGAAGGGGAAAAAUGGAUCAUCCAUGAUUGAAUGGCAGAACAGACAUGAAGUGCCGAAUGGCCUAAUUCUACUCCUUUGUCUUGUGGUCUAAUGGUGUUGUGGUAUCCAACAGCCUCAGAAAGAACUGCAACCCCUUCAGGUCUCGGGAAUAGGCAAUUUCAUAAACAAUUCUACUCCUCGCUUAUCAAUUUCUCUUUUUCUAGGUUUCAAGGUCAUUCCCAAAUAACUAACUUCUUGUUUCAAGAGAAUUAAAUAGAGUGUUAAAUAGAAUUAAAUUACAUAUGUUAUUCUGUAUUGCUUCUUCUUGGACUUACUCUUAAUUAUUGCUUUUCAAAUAAUGGGAAAUUAUCCCCUUUUACAAGGUACAGUCCGUAAAUUGCCAUGAGAGAGAACCAUGCAUUAUUGUUGAGGCCAUCAUCAUUGUGGGGAGUUGCCAAGUUGAAUGUCAAAUGCCCCUUUUUCCUGGGGCAAUCCUUUAUCACAUGGUGGGGGAGUUUUAGAGCAACAUGCCAGUCCUUUCAUAGAGUUUAUGAUCUGUAACUAUGGAAGUAUCUCAGGGUAGAUAGCAUUACAUAUCCCCUGAUACAUUGAAAGCAAUGGAUCAUGUCUAAUUUGCUCUAUUCACUGUGUUCAUUUUUAAUAAUGAUGAAGAAACAAAUGUUGUGUCUCCUUUCAUAAGAGGAGUUGUUUUGGGUCCGGGAUAUAAUGCAAAACUUACAUC